AUGGCGGCCAUGCUCCUGACAGCCAGACCCAAGGUGCCAGUAUCUUUUGAGGAUGUUGCUGUGUACUUCACCAAGGCAGAAUGGAAGCUUCUGGAUCAUAGACAAAGGAAGCUGUACAAGCAAGUGAUGCUAGAUAAUCACCACAAUUUGGUGUCACUGGGAUUUUCGUCCUCCAAGCCUCAGCUGAUCAUCCAGCUAGAGCAAGGAGAGAAACCAUGGGUUGCAGAUGUCCACAGGAUGAGGAUCACCACAGGGAUGCAGGAAGGUUCCAGCAGGGGUGACCCUCCUGGGGAGAAAGACCAAGGCAGCUCCCCAGGUGAGGGAAGAGAGAUGCAGGGAAGCAGCUGCGGAGGUAGGCAGGAUUUGGUUGUAAGGCAGCCGAGUUUCAUAGACAUGGAGAGGCAGUUCGUGUGUCAGCAGUGUGGGAAAUCAUUUUCCCGGAAAUCCAACCUCGUCAAACACCGAGUCAUCCAUAGUGACGAGAAGCCCUUCAAGUGUGGUGAGUGUGGGAAACUCUUUCGGCGCAACUUCUCACUCCUGGAGCACCAGCGCAUCCACAGUGGUGAGAAGCCCUAUGCAUGUGGCGAGUGUGGAAAGGCUUUCACACGUGGCUCCAACCUCAUCAAGCACCAGAUUAUCCACACUGGUGAGAAGCCCUAUGUGUGUGAUGAGUGUGGGAAACGCUUUGGGCGCAACUUCACACUCAUGGAGCACCAGCGCAUCCACAGUGGCGAGCGGCCCUACUCCUGUGAUGUGUGCGGCAAGGCCUUCAGCAGGAGCUCCAACCUCACUGAGCACCAACGCACACACAGCAGUGAGAAGCCCUACACGUGCAGCCAGUGCACAAAAGCCUUCAAGGGCAUCUCCCAGCUCAUUCACCACCAGCGUGUCCACAGAGGGGAGAAGCCAUUCACGUGCAAGGAGUGCGGAAAGGCCUUCCGGGGCCGCUCAGGCCUCAGCCAGCACCACCGGGUGCACACUGGUGAGAAACCCUAUGAGUGCAGUGAGUGUGGGAAGACCUUCAGCCGGCGAUCCAACCUCUUCAAGCACCAGAUAGUGCACAUUGAGAAGAGACCCUACAGGUGUCAGGAGUGCGGGAAGGCGUUCCGCCACUGCUCUGCCUUCCUGCAACACUGGCGCACCCACAGCCGCCCACAGCCCUGUGCCUGCGGCCACUGUGAUGACUGCAACCAGGCCUCCAAGGAGAAACCACAGCCUGACCAGCAGCCAAGAAUUCACCAGAACCUCUUGGAGGGGAACAACUCAGAGAUGGAACCGGCCUGCCUGGGCCUCCAAAGAGCCACUGCAGAGUCCCACCCGGAGAAUGAGAAUCACCUUCAAGACUCCAGCUGUGCCACUGCCCCCAGCACCACCAUCUGA